AUGCACCUAGUCUCGCGAAAUGCCUACCCUAACAUGCAUAUGAUGCCCUCUGAGACCGCCGUGGAGUAUCUGAUCAGCGCGCCCCGAGUCUGCCGUCAACAACCGAUGCACUGGACCUUCUUGGAUGGCCCGGCGGAUGGUACUGUGAUGCUCACAUGGCAGCCGCAGGCGCAAUUGGGUCAGAACUUUGCCAGCGAUGGUCUCAUCUGGGCCGAUGUUGAGCAGGCAUUCACAUUUGAAUCUAGAGGAUAUACUAUUGAAAUGCAUCUUCAUCGCAGCGGCUACCUCCCUGGAAAGGAAACACUCGCUACUCACUGCCGCAAGCGUUAUCGCAUUGUCUCCUCCAAAGUCCCCAACGCUCUCCCAGCCGAUCCUUCGCUUUGGAUUGUUCACUAUUCAAAGGCCCCUCCGAAUGAUCACGUCCCGGCGGCCCGCAUCCCCGUCUCCCCGCAAGUGCAAGCCUCGAUCUCCCAGCGCCGCUUCUUGCAAAGCCAGGGUCAGCUUGCGCGCAAGGAAUUCCUGCUUCACGACCGGGCUAACUGGCCAACAAUCAACUUCCCGCCUCAGAUGGGUGCCCAGGGCUUCGCCGCGCCCCAAGCAGCUUAUCAAAAUGCAGCCGCCGCGGGACGGCCUGGCUUCUACCCCCCGCAAGGUCACGCUGCUGCGGUACCUCCCGGUGCUGCUCAAGCCAAGAUAGCACGCCCACAUCGCGCUUCUUCAACAGCAAUGGCGACUGCUGCUGCAGAGUUUGCCCUGGAGGAUGAGGAUGUUUCGACUGGUGACCAAAUUGAUUUGUUGACACCGCGCGAAGUCAGCAAGAUGCGUUACGUGCAGCAUCAUGAGUGGAUGGAGGAGAUUUUUGCCUCGCCGUAUGCCAUCUCACAAAUCACACCAGUCUCCUUAGGUCUCGGCCGGAAGGGUGAGCUGGAGUCAUUGACAGCAGGUUUCUUCGAUGCUCCUUCCGGAGACUCUGUGGCCACCGAGGGUCAGGAGGCAGGCGAUGCCCCCGAGGCUACGAAGAUGGAGCCGGCCAAGGCUGAGGAGUUUGCUGAACGGGUAGCCAAGAAGGUCGCCGAUAUGACCGCCGAAAUUGAGAAGUUGAAGAUGCAGCAUGCCCGUCGAAUGGAGCGCUUCAACCGCAGCUCACUCUUCAAGGAAUCAGAACUGCGUCUUCGGGAUGCUGCCGCUGAUCCAGCUGCAACUGGCAGCGAGGUUUGGAGAUUGGAAGGCCGCAUUAUAAUGCCCACGGAAGACAGCGAGACCCCGCAGCAGUACGUGGAAGAAAAGGCGAAAUACAAGGUUGAGGAUGUGGUCCGGGACGUGGAGGCGGCUUGGAAGAAACAGAUCAUGCCUGCACCCAAGGUUUCAUGCAUUGAAAAGGGUGGACUUCUGGAGAAGAUCGAGCCAGAACACAAGGACGAGCCUGAGUCUUUUACCAACGAUAUGGCCAUGGACCAAGCGGACUCUCACCUGUUGAACCAAUUCGGCAGCCCGGGUGUUGAUGCCUCUGGUGUUGUUGCACAUGGUCAAGGCAUGCCCAGCAACGAGAUUUCUGGCGAUGUGGAGAUGGACCUGGGUGACCAACUUGCCGGCGGCGGCGCCAACGAAAAUGGCGACUGGGUGAUGAUCAAUAAUGAGAGCAAGGGUGGAGCUGGAGACGUGAGCCUCGAAGGCUCCAACUUCGACUUUGACAACAUCGACAGUGCUGGUGAUGCACUAGCCGCUUAUACCGAGCAGAACGACGGGCUCGAUCUGCCCGACCUGGAGAACUCGGCAUUCGGCGAUGCCUUCCACGCCUCGGACAACGAGCACUCGCACAACCCAGACGCGGACGAGAUGUCCUAG